UCUCACUCAACUCUUCUCCAGGCAAGUUGUAUCAAGAGCUCUUAAGCCUUUUCUUUCUUUUUCUUUUUUGGUUAUUUCAUUGUUUUUUCUUCGUCUGCGUAUUGAAUAAAUCCCUUAAAAAGAAUUAAUGUUUAUUCGUUCCCGUUCUUUCACAUCAUUAAUUUCACCAAAAAGAUCCAAUUUUUCGCUUUCAAAAUUUGCUCUUUUCUCCACAUUUGCAUCAUCAGCAGAAAAACUUAUGACCCAUUUGCAGAAAAAUGAAUCGAACGUCGAAAAAUCCCUCGACAGAGUGAAAAUCAAACUUAACACAGCAUGCAUAAAUGAAGUUUUGCAGAGAUGCUCCGUAGAUAAACCCCAAAUGGGUCUUAGAUUCUUCAUCUGGGCUGGCCUUCAACCCAAAUACAGGCACUCUGCAUAUAUGUAUGGCCAAGCUUGCAAAUUGUUGGAAAUUAAGCAAAACCCACAAUUUAUUAGUGAUGUAAUUGAAGCAUAUAGGAUGGAAAACUGUGCUGUUAGUGUUAAGAUGUUUAAGGUGUUGUUGUAUUUGUGUAGAGAGGCUAAAGAUGCAAACUUGGGGUUGUGGGUAUUGAGGAAAAUGAAGGAGUUUAAUUGUAGGCCUGAUACGACUGCAUAUAAUGUGGUUAUUGCUAUGUUUUGUGAGAAGAGGGAGGUUGAUGAGGCAAUGAAAUUGAUGGAAGAGAUGGGUUUGAUUGAACUUUAUCCGGAUAUGAUCACAUAUGUUGCAGUACUUAAGGGGUUAUCUGAUAUUGGGAGGCUGGAGGAUGCAUUCCGGCUUGUUAAGGCUAUGAAAGGGCAUGGUUGUGUGCCCAAUGCAGUUGUCUAUUCAAUACUGCUUGAUGGGAUAUGUAGAUUUGGGAGUUUGGAGAGGGCAAUGGAGAUGUUGCGGGAAAUGGAGAAAGAAAGUGGGGAUAGUAAACCAAAUUUGGUUACUUAUACGGCUGUGGUUCAAAGAUUUUGUGAGAUGGGUCAGUCUAUGGAUGCAUUGACGAUUUUAGAUCAAAUGAGGGAAUUUGGAUGUAAGCCAAAUAAAACCACGAUGAGUGUCUUGAUUAAGGGGCUUUGUGCUGAGGGGCGCAUAGAGGAGGCCUAUAAGGUCAUUGAUAAGGUUGCCGGAGAGAGUGUGUCAUAUGAUGAAUGCUAUAGUUCUCUUGUAUUAUCGCUCUGGCAGGUUGGAAAACUUGAGGAGGCAGAGAAGGUUUUCAGGAUGAUUCUGGUUCAAGGACUGAGGCCUGAUGGUGCUGCUUCAAGUACUGUCUUGAGGCAGCUUUGUUUGGUAGGACGGUGGCUUGAUGCAUUCCGCUUGUGUGAAGGGAUUGAGGAUUCUGGAAAUGUAUCCAUUGAUGCUGACAUUUAUUCAAUUCUUUUGGCUGGACUCUGUCAAGAAAAAAAAUUGGUAGAAGCUGCAAAGCUUGGAAAGCUAAUGGUGGAGAGAGGUGUCCAGCUACAAGCUCCUUAUGUAGAUGAUGUGGUUAAACAUCUGAAAAAUUCUGAUGAAGAAGAGUUGGUUUCCAAAAUCUCUAGGAUCAGUAGUUGAUGAAGAGCAGACUGUUUUCUAUAUGUGUUCCCUGAAAGAUGCUGAAGUUUCUUCCCAGCAUAGAUAUUUGUACAAGAAAUUGUUUGGCUAUAGAAUAUUGCAUCUGAUUUGUAACCUGGCUCUUGAACUUGACAGCAUUAUAUUUCAGAUAUCGGUAAGCGUUGUCCUCAACAGAUGGUCAAUUUAUUGAUCUUUUUGCAUCUUAAUUGCCUAGUACAGUACCAAGUGAGAGUAUUAGGAUCACAUGUACAACAUGCAAAAUGUUGGCAACCAGGAUGCAGUAAGAAUGGAAGGGAAAGGACCAGUCUCAGGCAGAUUAUCAUUAUUGAGGACCAAUGAGGCUUGUACUGGCUGAGCAUAAUGCAGUUUCUUUUGAGGCUAAUGUAACCCAAUUGUAGUUUUUGAAGCUUGACAACCCUUGUUGCAGCAGUUUUAGAUGAUUUACAGAUUCAGUUCCUUCUGGGGCAUUGGAAGUAGAGGGCCUAUUCAGGAAGAGUUACUAUUUCCUCUUCUUGACGGCUAGCGCAGCCCAACCACCUCUUGAACUAGCUAGAAUCCCGUAGCUGGACUAAGAGUUGCAGAAGCUUUUGAAAGACAAGGUAUCUGUUCGUGUAGUCAGAACUGGAAAGUGUGCAAUCAAUAAUGUGGUUAUAACAGCGCCUGGAGUGUUGCAGGAAAUGGAUUCUUCACGCUUAGGACGUGGUACAGGACGGUGCCAAGUUUGCUGUAAACAAGGGCAAUCUGGGAUUGAAUAAUUGUCGAUGCAUUUAUUCUGAACCAUGUACAACUUUGUUAAUGAAUUGUAAAUCAUCAUGGAUAACUCGUAGAAGUUCGCAAAGGUAGUGUGAGAAUCAUGUAUGAAAUGGAUUUUGUGAUUUUGGUUUAUAUGUUUUGAUCUUACAGUUUUUGAA